GCUUAUCUACAAUUAGUAAUCAACGAACACUCGACGACAGGUCCCGACGGGCACGGGCUCGCGGUGGUAUUUGUCAUCAUCGUCGGUGUUGUCAAAAUUCAUUUUAAAAAAAGUCGAGUCUAGAUUCGUAGACACUAGACAUCGACAGUGGAAUUUAGUGAUUCGUGAAAAAUGGGUGACGGAAAGGAGGGUGAACGUGAGCCCUUAAUAAGAACGGGAGGAAAUGUUUUUGUUCAACCCUACACAAGCGAAAUUACAGAGGAUAUUCAGCCAAAUGUAAACGUUCAACCGAACGUAAAUACAGUUUCCCCAAUUGGACCCGAUGAAUUACCACCACCUUUCCAAUCUGCUAGUCAGGGUGGUUUGCCUAUGGUUACCUGCAGGGUUUGUCAAGCCAUGAUAGACAUUUCCGGCAAACGAGAACAGCACGUCGUUAAAUGCAAUCAAUGCAAUGAAGCUACUCCAAUAAGAAACGCACCUCCAGGAAAAAAAUACGUACGUUGUCCAUGCAAUUGUCUCCUAAUAUGCAAAAGCUCUUCACAGCGAAUUGCAUGUCCAAGGCCAAAUUGCAAACGUAUAAUUAAUCUCGCACCAAGCCCUGUUACACCUCCUGUUCUGUCGAUGCCAGGAAUGUGCAGAGUUUGUUGUGCUCAUUGUCAUGAUACUUUUUUGUUUAAUACACUAAACAAUGCUCUGGCUCGAUGUCCACAUUGCCGAAAAGUAUCAUCAGUUGGUCCAGAUUUUGCUCGAGGUCGUGGGAUUUUGUUCAUUAUCCUUGGAAUUGUUUGUUUAACAAUCGGCGUUGUUGUCACGGUUUCUACGUAUAGGUUGGUGAGAGAAAACGGUGGAAUAUAUGUUGCUUAUGUUGGUGCAUUUCUAUUGGCUCUUCUCUUCUUGGGCCGAAGUCUUUAUUAUUGUACCAUGAAAAUCAGUCUAAUAGAAGGACCUAUUUAGUCUUCUUGACUCAUCUUGCAUCUUUUAUCGAAAACUAUUUUUCAAGGUCAAUGUCAUGUAAUCAGUUUAGAUAAGAGACUUACAUCAACAAAUUUCUCCAUCUUGUUUCGUUAAGGACAGAACAAAGCGAACCAGGUGAUUACAUAGAGGAAUGUACGCAAAGAAACUAGAGUAAAAUUACUCAAUAAUUGUCUUCAAUCAUAUAUGCGGUUGAACAAUUUUUUUUUAUCAAAAACGAUCAUGUUUUAUCGUUUGAAAGUUCACUUUGUUCGGUCACUGUAGCGAACGAAGAGUGGACACGUUUCAAUUAGUGUAAGAAUAGACAAUGAACCUAUAUUUACACCAAAAGAAAAAAAAACAAAUUACUAGAAUAUAUACCUUUGUUGGUACAAUAUACUAGUAGUUAUAAAAUUAUACGACGCAAAAAUAAUAAAGCGCGUAGUAGUUGACGAUUGAGUCUCUCGCAGAAUUACAAUAUUUUCUUUUGUAUUUCAAUACAAAACGGGUUGACUCGUAAAAAAAAUUUAAUUUUCUUGUUUUUAAGAAAAUUUUUUUUCAAUUCUAUUUAACGUAAUGAAAUUUUUUAAAUCUUUUUGCAUUCCCAUCGAAACUUAGUUUUUAAUCGUUGUAAUCUGAUGAAUUUUUUGUAAUAACGAGUGAUUGUAAAUUAGCAUUAAAUUUUACAAAAAUUUCUCUUAAUACAUAAUAUAUUAUGUAAAUGAAGUGAGAUAAUUUAUAUUAUUAAAUUUGAGGUUGGUCGUCCCUAAGAUUUCGAGAGAAAAAAACAAAAAUACUCUUCAUGAAUUGUGACCAAGUUAUUAAUGGAAGCGAGCAUUCACAUUAAAUAAUUUUUAUUAGUAUAUCGCAUUGUAUGCUAGACACUAGUUCGGAACGCAAGUCUGGUUUUUUUAAUCAUAUUAUUAUUACCUGUAAUUAAAGUCAAAUAUACUUAUUGUAAAAAUCAA